AUGGAUGACGUCACAAUCGCUACAUUGCGAAGGAAAAUAAUCAGUGACGUCACAAUAGCUUUUGAUAGUGUGAUAGAAAAUGAUGCUGGAAUUUUAAUGCCGUUAGUUUCUUUAGAUGUACACCAAACCAUGGCGUCGAAUAAAAACAAUAACGUUAAAGUGGAUGUAGAACCAGAUCCUGAGGAAGUUGUGUUAUACGUUGAGCACAUAAUCGGGGGCGCUAUAGAACAGAUAAAAAAUGAGAGUGCUGUUGGUGGUAAAUCGGGAUUAUCAAAGAAACACCAGAAUCGAAAGAGAAAAACAUUCAAAGAAAGAUUAACCUCCUUGUUUACCUGCUGUUACAGGAAAAGAAAUUAAAUUCUGUGGAAACAUCGUAUAUUUUACACUGAAGGAAAAGUAAAUUUGUAAAUGCAUGGACGUUAAGAAACAAUGAUUGUCCACAAAAAUUAUUUUUUAAAAAUCUGUAUAGUAUUCCUGUAAAUAGGCCAAUCUGAAUUUUUGGCUUUCCUGUCCUUUUGUCAACAAUACUCCAUAGUUUAUGUGUUAUUUGCAAGCUUUCUAUUCUCCACAUUUAAUCUUCCAUUAUGUACAUUGAACAUGGUGAUACAGGGGUCUUUUAAAGAUAGUUUAUUUCAAUAAAUUACAAGAAAUAUUGAGACAUUUUGUUCA